AUGAUGCUCAGGUUUGCAGCCGCGGCGCUCGGGCUGCUGUCCCUCGUCGCCCCACCACUUACUGGUGCCUCCCCUAUCUCUGAGAUAGUGAAGCGUCAGAGCGGGCUGCAGAACGUGGCCUAUUUCGUCAACUGGGGCAUUUAUGGUCGCAACUUUCACGUCCAAAACGUUUCGGCCGACAAGGUCACCCAUCUGCUCUACGCAUUCGCCAAUUUAAGGGACGAUGGAACAGUCGUCGGAGGUGACAUCGAGGCGGACAUCUCCAAGCACUACCCCACAGACUCGUGGAACGACAUCGGGAACAACGCGUACGGGUGCGUCAAGCAGCUGUACAAGCUGAAAAAGGCCAACCGGCACGUCAAGGUGCUGCUGAGCAUCGGCGGCUGGACGUGGUCGACCAACUUCCCGUCGGCGGCCAGCACCGAGGCCAACCGGGAGCGGUUCGCCAGCACGGCGGUGGGGCUGAUGAAGGACUGGGGCUUCGACGGCCUCGACAUCGACUGGGAGUACCCGGCGGACGCGACGCAGGGCCAAAACAUGGUGCUGCUGCUGCAGGCGGUGCGGCGGGCGCUCGACGGCUACGCGGCGCAGCACGCGCCGGGCUACCACUUCCUCCUGACCAUGGCGUCGCCCGCCGGGCCGUCGCACUACCAAAAGAUGCAGCUCGGGCAGCUGGCCCAGGUCGUCGACAAGAUGUACCUGAUGGCCUACGACUACGCGGGCGCCUGGGACCCCACCAGCGGCCACCAGGCCAACCUGUUCCCGAGCGGGUCCAACCCGACGUCGACGCCCUUCUCGACCGACCGCGCCGUGACCGACUAUAUCGCCGCCGGCGUGCCCGCGUCCAAGAUCGUGCUCGGCAUGCCCAUCUACGGACGGACCUUUCAAAACACCGACGGGCCGGGCCGCCCUUACUCGGGCACGGGGCCGGGGUCCUGGGAGAACGGCAUCUGGGACUACAAGGCCCUGCCGCGGCCGGGCGCCACGGAGCAGUACGACGCCUCGACGGGCGCCACCUGGAGCUACGACGCCGCCCAGCGCGAGAUGGUCACGUACGACACGGCCGACAACGUCCGCCGCAAGGUCGACUGGGCCAAGACCAGGGGUUUGGGUGGGAGCAUGUUCUGGGAGCUGUCGGGCGACAGGACCGACGCCGCGAGCCUGGUCGGCGCCAGCGCCACCAGCCUCGGCGCCCUGGACACGACCCAGAACCAGCUCAGCUACCCGGACAGCCAGUACUUGAACAUCAGGCAGGGGCUGCCGGGGGAGUAA